AGUUUAGUGGCGACUGUAAGAUACCGUAAGUAUCCUCACUGCAGAGUAUUACCACCCGAUUCAAGAAACUUACAGUAGUGACGUCAAACCCGAGCUUAAAACCCUAACGGCAUACGCUCCCUCACUCUAUCUCCCAUCACGAACACAAGUGACAAAGGUUAGGUAAGCAGGAAUGGCAUCAAAGCUAACUCAAUUGCAAUCCAAGGCUUGUCAAGCCUCAAAGUUCGUGUCUAAACACGGUAGUGCUUAUUACAAGCAGUUGUUAGAACAGAACAAGCAAUAUAUCCAGGACCCACCUUCUGUUGAGAAAUGCAAUCUUUUGUCCAAGCAAUUGUUUUACACUCGCCUUGCCAGUAUUCCUGUGCGUUCUGAAGCAUUUUGGAAGGAGCUUGAUUAUGUCAAACACCUUUGGAAGCACAGGCAGGAGUUGAAGGUUGAGGAUGCUGGCAUUGCUGCUCUGUUUGGGCUGGAGUGUUUUGCUUGGUUCUGUGCUGGUGAGAUAGUUGGUCGAGGGUUUACAUUCACUGGCUACUAUGUCUAGGUCCUGAAACAAGAAGAUAAUGCUUUGGAGUUGAACUGAUAAAGCUUGAGAUUUCUGUUUUUCCCCUUCAUCAUGUCGGCAAUUGACUAUUGCAUAUAUACUAAAUUUACUAUCCUGCAUAAAAAUAGAAAAACUGGCCAGGAAAACUCAUUUCUGUGAUCUUCUGUAUUUUAAAUUUCUCUUUGCAUUUGCCCAUGUGCCAGGCAGCUGUCCCUUAGGCCCGAUUUCUUUCGCUCAGAAUAACGUCUCUGAAAAUUCUUACAGGGAAAACUUUUUUUUCUAGAGAUGAGUUACUUUAUAGUUUUUUAAUGCAAUGAUGAAAAUUAUCAUGUA